ACUGUGUUCCCCCUCUCUCUUUGCUAACUGCUAAGCAUUGAGCACAGUGGAAGAGAGAGUGGGAGAAUAUAGAGAAGCAAUUGGAUUAGGACUGAUAGCUAAAUAAAAGAAAAGAAAUCUACAGAAGUGUGUGUUUUUUUUUUUUCUUCGUUCAGCAAUUUUCACACUGGUUUUCUAAAGGGCUUUGUUUGCUCUAUAUCAGCUUUGCCACUCAUUCAAUAAGGUCAGAGGAUGUCCAGGCCUCUGCAUAGAGGUGUAUCUGGAGGAGUACGACUCUCUGGGAGCAACAAUGAUUUGUGGGACUCUCAAAUGAAAGAUAGAACAGAAAAGGAAGACUUAGAUAGAAGGGGUUCUGAUCAAAGUAUUCUAUCUGCGAAGUAUCCUUAUCAUCUAAAUCUCUCAGAUAAUUCUACUCUCAAAAAUGGUAUCAGCGAGAAUGGUUUUGCACCCGAUUCAUUGACCAGUGGAACUCCGAGAAGUCGGCACAAAUUAGCAAUGCUGCUUUUGAAGUUCAGUCUAAUAUCGAUUGUAAUUCUUGCUCUCACUGGAUCUUUUUGGUGGACGAUUUCUAUUUCUGCAUCGUCGAGGGGUCACAUAUUCCACGGUUAUAGGCGACUCCAAGAGCAACUUGUUGUAGAUUUGUGGGAUAUUGGGGAGCUUUCUCUUGGUUCCUCAAGGUUGAAAGAGUUGGAAUUCUGUCCUGAGGAGUUUGAGCAUCAUGUUCCUUGCUUCAAUGUCUCUGAGAAUAUCGCUUUGGGUUAUACGGAUGGCAAUGAAUAUGACCGAUUUUGUGGGCAUGGAUCGAGGGAAAACUGUUUGGUUCUUCCACCUGUGAAAUACAAAAUUCCUCUCAGGUGGCCUACUGGAAAAGAUGUCAUCUGGUUUGCAAAUGUUAAAUACAACCCACAGGAGAUAAUGUCCUCAACAGUGACCAGGAGGAUGAUGAUGCUGGAGGAAGAGCAGAUCGCAUUCCGUUCAGACUCUCCCACGUUUGAUGGAAUUGAAGACUACUCGCAUCAAAUUGCAGAAAUGAUUGGGCUGAGAAAUGAAUCUAGCUUUAUACAUAUUGGGGUUAGAACCAUCCUGGAUAUAGGAUGUGGAUAUGGUAGCUUUGGAGCACAUCUCUCUUCCAGUCAGCUCUUAACUAUGUGUGUUGCAAACUAUGAGGCUUCGCGCAGUCAAGUUCAACUGACUAGUGAAAGGGGUCUUCCUGCAAUGAUUGGUUCCUUUACUUCAAAACAGUUGCCAUAUCCAUCUCUCUCUUUUGAUAUGGUGCAUUGUGCAUGGUGCGGCAUUGAUUGGGCCCAAAAAGAUGGUAUUUACUUGAUUGAAGUUGAUAGAUUAUUAAAGCCUGGCGGAUACUUUGUCUGGACAUCACAGGAGAACAAAGUUCAAAGAGUAACUCGUACCAAAGAGAAACAAAAAAUUACGGCAAAUUUUGUCCAUAGUUUUGCAGAGAAUCUUUGCUGGAAGAUGUUAUCAACGCAAGAAGGAACUAUUAUUUGGAAAAAGACAAGUAAAAGGAAUUGUUAUAGUUCACGGAAGUCCUCAUCGGGCCCUUCGAUAUGUAGCAAAAGCCAAGAUGUUGAAACUCCAUAUUAUCGACCACUCCAAGCCUGCAUUGGGGGGACACAAAGCCGCCGAUGGAUUCCUAUUGAAGAGAGGACAACCUGGCCAUCAAGGACCAACUUGAACAAGAAUGAACUUGCAUUAUCUGGUUUGCACCCCGAAGAAUUUGCCGAGGAUACUGACAACUGGCAAGUGAUGGUCCGUAAUUAUUGGUCUCUUCUGUCACCAUUGAUAUUCUCUGACCAUCCAAAGAGACCUGGUGAUGAGGAUCCUUCACCACCUUAUAACAUGCUUAGAAAUGUACUAGACAUGAAUGCUAAUUUUGGUGGUUUCAAUGCUGCGUUAUUGAGAGCCAAGAAGUCUGUGUGGGUCAUGAAUGUGGUCCCUACAAAUGGACCGAACUACCUUCCCUUGAUCAUGGACAGGGGUUUUGUUGGUGUAUUGCAUGAUUGGUGUGAAGCCUUUCCAACAUAUCCUAGAACUUAUGACUUGGUGCAUGCAGCCGGACUGCUAUCCCUUGAAAGUAUCCAGCAGCGCCGUUGCACCACACUUGAUCUGUUCACUGAGAUUGAUCGAAUACUUCGUCCAGAGGGUUGGGUGAUAAUCCGCGACACAGCUCCCCUCAUUGAAUCAGCAAGAACUACAAUAACACGGCUGAAGUGGGAUGCACGGGUUGUAGAAGUUGAAAGUAAUAGUGAUGAGAGACUUCUUAUCUGCCAGAAACCUUUCUUUAAGAGACAAGCUAAGUAAGUAAUUAUGAGAUAUCAAUGGGAGCCCAAGAAAUUAGAUCAUAGUAUCCAUAUUCAUUUUCUGGACGUUAAUUAAUCAUCAUAAAGCUCCGCCAUGAAAAGGUGGAUUGAGAAUUUUUGAACAGAAAACAGAGAGAGAAAGAGAAGAGUCUUGGUGGAAUUAACCACAACUCCUAUGGAGCCGUAAGGCUUGCAUAGGGCCAUGUAAUUACGCAGUUGAGUGCAGAGCAAGUCAGAAAUAUAGGAUGAGAUUUAAUUUUCAAUUUGAUGUUUCAUUAUAACUAUACAACCACAUGAUUAAGAUUGUGAAGAUAAUUACAGAAUAAGCAGAUGUUUGCUGUAGUAUAUAAGCUGCUUGGCAGUGUAUUAUUUUUGUGAAGGAAUUAGUUUUUCAUGUUC